AUGCCGCUUGGCAUUGUAAAUUUGGGUACUGAUGAUCACUCUAGGAUUAAAUGCUGCAAUCAAGUUUACGAAAAUUCCAGUUCUGUUCCAUCUAUUUUACUUCAAGUAUUUCUCUUUAACACUUCGAAUUUCUUGUUAUGCUGUAGUGUUCGCGUAUCCAAUGAACUGGGAGCUGGUCAUUCAAAAACUGCAAAAUUCUCAGUAGAAGUUGCUGUAAUUAUAUCAACUCUAAUUGGAGUUGUAUUUGUAGUUGCUGUAAUUUCUACCAAGAACCAUUACCCAAGAUUGUUUUCUGGUAAACCAGAAGCCAUACAUGAGAUAUCCAAGUUGGCAUACUUCUUGGCUGCUACCAUCUUCCUAAUGAGAAUCCAACCGAUACUUCAUGGGGUAGCAGUUGGAGCUGGAUGGCAAUAUUCAGUUGUGAUUGUAAACAUCGUUUGCUACUAUAUAGUUGGCCUUCCAUUGGGUGCCUGCCUUGGUUACAUUGCCAAUAUUGGUGUUAAGGGAAUUUGGAUUGGAAUGCUCUGUGGGUACCUUGCUUCAAAUAGUAGUUUUGACAUUCAAAAUUUAAUUCAUGCUGAAGAGCGGAUCAGGACAUAUGACGACCAAUCUUCUCAAGAUGAAAUUGAGCAAUUUGGUUCACGUACUACCUCACCUCUGUCAGUGGUAACAUGA